CGCGGCGGAGCGGGCGAUGCUGGCGGCGGGCGGCGGCUCCGGCCCCGCCGGGCCGGGCGGCUCCGGGCCGGGGCUCGGCGGCGACGGCGACUUCCUAUCUCGGUACCGGCUGGUGUCGGCCAAGCUGCGGCGGCGGUUCCUGCGCAAACCCAACGUGGCGGAGGCGGCGGAGCAGUUCGCGGCACUGGCGCGGGAGCUGCGCGCCCAGGAGAGCCUGCCCUACGCCGCCUGGUGCCAGCUGGCCGUGGCGCGCUGCGCGCAGAGCCUGUUCCACGGCCCCGCCGAGGCGGCUGCGCUGGCCGAGGCCGCGCGGCUCUUCCUGCGGCAGGAGCGGGACCUGCGGCAGCGCCUGGGGCUGCGCGGCGGCUUCGGCGAGCACGUGUCGGCGGCGCAGAGCUGCGGGGCCUUCGCCGCCCGCCUGCACCUGGAGCGCGGGCAGCCCGCGCUGGCGGCCGGGCCGUGCCUGGAGCUGGCGGCCGCGCUCCGCGACACGGGCCAGCCCGCCCGCGCCGCCGCGCCCCUGCAGCGGGCGGCGGAGCUGCUGGGGGCCGCCCGUCUGCCGCUGCAGGCCCUGCGCUGCCUGGCCGAGCGCGCGUCCUGCCUUCUGCUCGCCCGCGACUACGCCGGGGCACUGGCGGCGCUGACACGGGCGCAGGCGCUGGCCGGGGCCGGGCUCGGCGGGGCGGGAGCCGGGGCGGCUCCUGGAGGUGCCUUCCUGGACGUGCUGGCGCGCUGCGAGGUGUCGCGGGUGCUGCUGUUGCUGCUGCUGCAGCCGCCGCCGGCCAAGCUGCUGCCCGAGCACGCCCGCACGCUGGAGCAGUACUGCUGGGAGGCGCCCGACGGCGGGGCGAGCACCACCGGCAGCGCGGGCGGCCCCGGGGCGGGCGGGCUACCGCCGGCCGCCAGCUACCUGCCGGCAGAACUGUUCCUGCUGCUGCAAUCGGCCGUGCUGGCAUGCCAGGAGAAGGACGUGGAGGCGCUGAAGGCACUGCAGGCAGAGCUGUGGCCGCUGCUGAGCGCCGAGCAGAACCACCUGCUGCACCUGGUGCUGCAGGAGAUGCUGAGCCCCGCCGGGCAGGGGCUCUGAGCACCUGCAGGGACUGCUCGGACUGGUCGCUUCAACAUGGACUGUCCCGCUAUUUAUUUUUAAUACCGACUCUGUAAUGCACUCAAGCCAUGGUUGAUGAGCAGAUGUGUUCACCUUGUGUCAUAGUAAACUGCUCACUGUAUGUACUAGAUGUUGUCCUGCUUGGAAAAAGUGUAAUCCCGAAGCGGAAGGGCCAGUUCGGGGCAGAACGAGGCUGUGCAUUAAAGGACUGGCUGCAGUUUGUGUGUGUUGGAGGAUUUGGGCAUCUGGGGAUCAAAUGUUUCUGUAGUUGGUUUUUUUAAAGAAAAUGAAAGAGCCCACACAAAACACAAACAAAACCCCAACAAAAACACAAAAAAAGAUUUUAAUUUUUUCCCCUCCUGAAAACAAUAGAUGCUGCAGCCAACACGAGGCUUUGCAUUUUGUGGUGGGUGAAGGGAGUUUGUCGCUGACCAGCAAGUCUGGGGACUGAUGGUGGCGGCCUGAGGUCAGUCUCUGUGUAACAUCUGGUAACCCAAAGAACUGAGCCUGCACAGUGGCAACUCCACUAUGGCUGAGGGAAUUUGAGAAUUAAAGUAAUGGUGGAGGGCGAAAA